UUGUUAAACAUUAGUGUGUGAGCGUGUGGUGUUGUGCCCGUUUCACAACCCACCUAAAAAAAAGUGAAAUAAUUUACUUAAAAAUACAAAAAAAAUAUAAAAACUUCCCAAAAAUAUAAAAAAAAUCGAAAAAACAGUGGAAAAAAAGGAAAAUAAACGAUAAAUUAUUUUUUUCGUUUCAUAUGUUAAGGGAGCGUAGCAUUUGAUAAAUCUGUGUAUUUGUAGUGUAGCUAUACAAAAUGAAUCCAGGCGCCCCAAAUUACCCUAUGGCGUCUCUGUACGUUGGGGAUCUACACUCAGAUAUUACCGAGGCAAUAUUGUUUGAGAAAUUUUCCACUGCUGGACCUGUGCUUUCCAUCCGCGUGUGCAGAGAUUUGAUAACACGUAGAUCUCUGGGCUAUGCCUAUGUUAAUUUUCAACAGCCUGCUGAUGCUGAACGUGCGUUAGAUACGAUGAAUUUUGAUUUAGUCAAGGGAAGGCCUAUUAGAAUUAUGUGGUCUCAACGAGAUCCGUCUCUAAGAAAAUCUGGUGUCGGUAACGUGUUCAUUAAGAAUCUUGACCGUUCCAUUGAUAACAAGGCGAUGUAUGAUACAUUUUCCGCUUUCGGAAAUAUACUUAGUUGUAAAGUAGCCCAAGAUGAAAAUGGAACUAGUAAAGGUUAUGGAUUUGUUCAUUUUGAAACUGAGGAAGCUGCCAAUAAAUCUAUUGAAAAAGUAAACGGUAUGUUGCUUAAUGGAAAGAAAGUUUACGUAGGCCGCUUUAUUCCACGUAAAGAAAGGGAAAAGGAAUUGGGGGAGAAGGCCAAAUUGUUUACCAAUGUGUAUGUAAAGAAUUUCGGUGAAGAUCUUUCCGAAGAACAACUUCGUGUCAUGUUUGAGAAGUAUGGUAAAAUUACUAGUUACAAGAUUAUGAGCAAAGAUGAUGGGAAAUCAAAAGGAUUUGGUUUUGUUGCUUUUGAGAGCCCAGAAGCUGCAGAAACUGCAGUGGAAGCUCUAAAUGGUAAAGAAAUCGUAGAAGGUAAACCGCUGUAUGUUGGACGGGCCCAGAAGAAAGCGGAACGUCAACAGGAAUUGAAACGCCGUUUUGAAGCAUUAAAAAUGGAAAGACUUAAUCGUUAUCAAGGUGUAAAUUUGUAUGUCAAAAAUUUGGAUGAUACAAUUGAUGAUGAACGUCUUCGCAAGGAAUUUUCACCAUUCGGCACAAUAACUUCUGCUAAAGUAAUGAUGGAAGAAGGUAGAAGCAAAGGAUUUGGAUUUGUGUGCUUUUCUUCACCUGAGGAAGCAACCAAAGCUGUGACAGAAAUGAAUGGACGUAUUGUUGGCUCGAAACCACUGUAUGUAGCAUUAGCUCAACGUAAGGAGGAUCGUAAGGCUCAUUUAACCUCCCAGUAUAUGCAGAGAAUGGCUAAUAUGCGUAUGCACCAAAUGGGUCAAUUUAUCCAGCCAGGAGCUUCAGGAGGAUAUUUCGUACCAACUAUCCCGCCAACUCAGCGUUUCUAUGGACCGGCACAGAUGACUCAAAUUAGAACCAGUCCAAGGUGGCCAGCUCAAACUCCUGUUAGACCGUCUGGCCAAGGAGGAGCGACUGCUUACACUGGCAUGCCUAAUACGUACAGAGCUGCUGCAAGGCCACCAAAUCAGUCGACAGGCAUGCGCAGCAAUAUUAGUGUGCCAAGGCCGAUCACAGGACAACAGCCGCCAAAUAUACAAGGUCGUUCGCUUCCAGGACAAAGUGUAGUUACCACUGCUGGAAAUCGUACCCCUAACUUUAAAUACACCUCUAACAUGAGAAAUCCACCUCAGGGUUUGGGACUGCAGGGAACCGCAGCUCCUGUCCAGCAAGCUGUACACAUCCAAGGACAGGAACCAUUAACAGCAAGUAUGUUAGCUGCAGCUCCACCACAAGAACAGAAGCAAAUGUUGGGCGAAAGAUUGUUCCCACUUAUUCAACGUAUGUAUGCCGAUUUGGCUGGCAAAAUUACCGGCAUGCUGCUGGAAAUUGACAACACGGAAUUGUUACAUAUGUUGGAACACAACGAAUCACUUAAAAAUAAGGUUGAAGAGGCUGUGGCUGUGUUACAAGCUCACCAAGCUAAGCAAGCUGCAAGUAUAAAGAAGGAAUAAAUUAAAACCACGGCCUUGAUGUGCCCAAACACAGGGAUGAGAGGAAUAAUAAAAAAUAUAAAAAUUGUAAACUUGUCAUAAGACAAAAAAAAAUUAAAAUAAAAAAUGAAAACUAUACUGCUUGCUUAACACUUGGUUGAGCUUGCUCAUAACUAUCUAUUUGGGUAUCUGUGUUAUUUUUGGGUAUGUCAAGGCCACAUCUUGAAACGAGCGAAAAUUAAAAAUCAACGUUUUUUUCCUUUGUUGAUUUUUCUGAGCCGUCACUGGGCCAUCGGAGGAUUUAUCAGUUGUAGUUUUUAAUUUUCGCUUAGUUUUAAAAUUUUACUCAGUUAUAUAUUUAUCAUUAAUAAAUUAAAUUUAUAGUUUCCUGACGUUGAUGACUUUAUAUUGCAAGUAUUUUUUGCUUUCCAUUCUAAUGGGUCUUGCAUUAUAAAGGUGGCAUUAAUGUAUGUUUCAAAUAGUUCUUAAUGAAGUUUUUUUAUCUUAUAAGUUACUUUGACAUUAUUUUCUACUCGUAAUAUCCAAAACUGUAAGUUGUAUAAUAAAAUUAUUCAUUUCUUGUAAUCACUAUAAUUUUAUGGUUUGUGGAUUUUUAUUUCCUAAGGGAGAAAUAAAUGUGUAUUAAUUCA